UUGUUCGUGGGAGGUGCAAAACCAGUGGUCACUGUACCCUUGCCUGUGUCCAGUCCCGCUCAGCCACCAAAAUCGGAACCAUCAAAGGGUGGAAAACCGGAAGCUACUACGCAAGCUGCUCCUUUCUCUUUCGGUGUGCCCAAGUACACAUCACCAGCUACUGGGUCUCCAGCAGUCUCAGAAGCUGCAAAGCCGGCUACAAAUAUCUUUGCAGGCAUAAAGUCUACCGAUAGUGUGUUCUCGAAAACUCCAGAGACGAAGCCAAGCAUGAAGAAAGAAGGAGAUGGAGACGAGGAUGAGGAUCACGAUCAUGUUGAAGAAUAUGAGCCGCAAGUGGAUUUCAAACCAGUUUGCCCACUCCCUGAGCUUGUGAACGUUGUAACGGGAGAAGAAGAUGAAAAGGUAAUUUUCGAGGAGCGCUGUAAGCUGUAUCGCUACUGUAAUGAAACUUGUGAGUGGAAGGAACGAGGAACAGGCGUUAUGAAAGUGCUUGAAAACAACAGUACGAAAAAGUGUCGCAUUGUUAUGCGCAGGGAGCAGGUGUUGAAGGUGUGCGCAAAUCAUCAGCUUUUGCCUGGCAUGACAAUCCAAGUAAUGCAGCGCCAAGAAAAAGCUAUGACAUGGUACUGUGAGGAUUUCUCCGAGGGACAAACAGUUCACGAAAAACUUUCGGCUCGAUUUGCAAGUGUGGAAGUAGCUAAUAAGUUCAAGGAAGUUUUCGAAAAUGCUGUCAAGAAUGCUGGACCAGCAGUUUCUCCUGCGAAGCCAAGUGGGACUGAAAAGAAGGAGGACAAGUCGUCAGCUAAGAAAGAGGAUGAGACUGAGACCGAGAAGAAGACUGAGGACAAGAAGGAAGAGAAGGAGCUCGAUAGUAAGGAAAACGUUUCGCAGAAGGGCUAUGGAGACCAGUUUAAGCUACAGCCUGGACAAUGGGAAUGCCCAGAAUGUUACUCCCGUACAGCUGCAGACAAGUGCCCCUGCUGUGGAUUUGCGAAAGGAGGAGAUAAGGCGCCGGCUCCUGCAACUAGUAAGUCAACACUGCCCACCUCAAGCAUUCCUCUCGGCGGAGCACCAACAAGUGAAGGACAGAAGUUUACUUUCGGUUUGAGCGCAGCGGCUGCAGCUAAGGCUUCCCCACCUGUGACGACUCCAUCAUCGUCAUCCAAUACACCAAAAUCGUCGUUAUUCGGAGCCUCUCUGACAGCAGCUCCCUCUGGCUCAACUCCGUCCAGUGGUUUUACAUUCGAGCGAAACCAUCGAUUUUCGGUGGCUCUUCUCCAAAACCACCUACAGAAGGAAGUUCAGCCUUGCCCACGUUUUCGUUUGCAAAAAAGCCCGAAGCUUCUGCAACUCCGACUUCUACAGCGGCGACGAGCGCUUCAACUCCUGUUACGUUCUCCUUCAAACCAGGUUGGUGCUUUUUGCGGCUCUUCCACGUGUAGAGUUUUGAAUAAAGCUUCACUGAUCUACAUCCACACGCCAGGCAUGGGUGGUUCCUUGUUUGGUAGUAGCAAGCUUUUUGGGGCUUCCAGCACUGCGUCCACUGUAGAGAAGAAGGAAGAGGAAAAGGACGAAAAAGAUGCGACAACACAGCCUAAGAGUGAACAAAAGGUGUUCGGCAGUGGAUUUGGUAGUAACCUUUCAUUUGCUAGUCUUGCAAAAUCAGCUUCGGGAUCUAUCUUCGACUCUGCUCAUACGCAAAAGCACAUAGCAGAAUUUGCUGCUCAAGCCAAAAAGCAAGGCGGUGUCCUUUUGCAUGGAUUAGUUUUGUAUUCUUAUUAA